CACACUGCACGCAACUGCAUCGCGCUUGCUGAUCUCUACACCCAUCUUUCAACCCACCAGCGACCCCUACUACGAACAAUUUUACAUCCAUCCAUAAUCGAUCCUCAACACUCUGUCCAGCUAAAAUGGCCACUCUCACCCGCGCAACCCGCAUCCGCAAUCCAGCCCUCUUCAUCUGCGACCUGCAAGAGAAAUUCCGCAAUGUAAUCUACGAAUUCCCCAAAGUAAUUACAACAACAACUAAAAUCCUCCGCGCCACCCAAUCCCUCAACACCCCCAUCUACCUCACGACCCAAAACCGCGCCCGCCUCGGCGACACCGUCUCCGAACUGACGCCCUACCUGUCCCCUUCCCAACCCUCCCAGAAUAGCAGACUCAAAGCCGACAUCGACAAAACCCUCUUCUCAAUGAUCACGCCGGAGAUGGACAAGCUGCUGCCCAACCCCUCCCGACAGGGGGAGCAGGCGCUGGACGCGAUUCUCGUGGGGAUCGAGACGCAUAUCUGCGUGACGCAGACGACGCUUGACUUACUGAGUCGCGGGCACCGCGUGUAUGUUAUUGUAGAUGGGGUGAGUAGUGCGAAUGCGGAGGAGCGCGCGGUGGCGGUGCAGCGGUUGCGGGAUGCUGGGGCGACGGUUACGACGAGUGAGGGGGUGUUGUUUGAGAUGCUGGGGGAUGCGGGGCAUGCUGCGUUCAAGCAGGUGAGUGGGGUGGUGAAGGAGACGAAGGAGGAGACGAGGGGAGCGUUGGAGGCGUUGGCGCGGAUCUGA